UCCCAAACCACCACCAUGAUUAUCCCAGUGAGAUGCUUUUCGUGCGGGAAAGUCAUCGGGGACAAAUGGAACGCAUACCUCGAGUUAUUAGCCAAUGAUAUGAGCGAAGGAGACGCUCUUGAUGAGCUGCAGCUGAAGCGCUACUGCUGUCGGCGAAUGGUGCUCACACAUGUAGACCUCAUUGAAAAGCUCCUGCAUUACAAUCCUAUGGAGCGCUCGAAGGAUAAGAAUUAUUGACGCCUUCUGUGCAGCGUGUCUUAUACAUGUACUCGCUCUUUGCUUCACUUUCAUAAGUUACGAAUAUUUGUGUCGCCCAGCUCAGGCAGAAUAGGUGGAAGUGGUUGUGAAUACUGCUAUUUCUUGCUGUCAUCACCAUCUCUCCUACAUAUUCUGUUCCUCGUUUCUACUCGACCAAGAGCCGCACAGUCCUCCACAAGUAAGUUAUGCCGCAUCCACAUUCUUCACUACUGUACCUUUUGGCGGUUCUCAUUGGGUAGUCACUUUGAGUGCUUUCAUAGAAAUACCUCGACUUUUUGUCCAUACGUUUUGGAUGGAACCCGGUUCUAACAUAUGUGACCUCCAUAAGACU